AGUAGAAGCUCAUUUUUAAGCCUCUCUCUUCUAUCUCUUGAUCCUCUCUCCUCUUCUAUAGUUUUUAAGCUAUUUUGAGACAUGCAAAAUGGCUUGUUUUAACACUUGCAAAGAGGUUAAGCUAGACGAUCAGAAGAUGAAAAAAGAGCCAGAGGUAUACACUUUAGAUGGAUCCGUAGAUCAACUCGGCAAUCCUGCCGUCCGAGAGAAAACUGGAACUUGGGUUGCUGGAAUUCUAUUACUAGUGAAUCAAGGACUGGCCACGCUAGCAAUCUUUGGCGUCGGAGUCAACUUGGUCCUCUUUCUGACCAGGGUUUUAGGCCAAAACAAUGCGGAUGCGGCCAACAAUGUCAGCAAAUGGACCGGAACUGUCUACAUUUUCUCUCUCCUCGGAGCUUUUCUCAGUGAUUCCUACUGGGGAAGAUACAAGACCUGUGCCAUUUUCCAAGUCAUCUUCGUAGUCGGAUUGGUUUUAUUAUCUGUAUCGACUCACGUAUUUUUACUCAACCCCGCUGGAUGUGGUGAUGGGCAAACACCAUGCGGUUCUCACUCCGCCUUCCAGACGUCGUUUUUUUACCUCUCGAUAUACUUAAUUGCCCUCGGAAAUGGAGGGUAUCAACCCAACAUCGCAACCUUCGGUGCAGAUCAGUUCGACGAGGAAGACCCCAAAGAAGGCUAUUCCAAAAUUGCCUUCUUUAGCUACUUCUAUUUGGCUAUGAAUCUUGGGUCUCUCUUCUCGAACACCAUACUCGGAUAUUUUGAGAAUCAAGGUUCGUGGACGUUGGGAUUUUGGGUGUCGACGACCUCUGCUUUUUUGGCGUUGGUUUUGUUUCUUGUCGGAACUCCGAGGUACAGAUAUUUCACCCCCAAGGGGAAUCCCCUGUCCCGAUUUUGCCAAGUCUUUGUUGCUGCAAUAAGAAAAUGUAAUGUCCAGACGACCGACAUUGAGGAGGAUUUGUUCGAGUUAAAAGGAAAAGAAUCUAAUGCAGAUAGAAAGAUCAUCCACACCCAGGGCUUCAAAUUUUUGGAUAAAGCUGCGACCUUGAGACCAAAGGAUGUUGGCGGUGAUGAUCAAGUUGAUCGAAAUCCAUGGCGUCUCUGUACAGUGACCCAGGUCGAAGAAGUCAAGUGCAUAUUGAGACUCCUUCCGAUUUGGCUCUGCACAAUACUCUACUCCGUUGUAUUCACUCAAAUGGCGUCUCUGUUCGUAGAACAAGGUGCUGCCAUGAAAACUACCAUCUCCGACUUCCACAUCCCACCAGCGAGCAUGUCCAGUUUCGACAUUCUGAGCGUUGCGGCAUUUAUCUUCAUCUACAGGCGUGCUCUCGAUCCCAUCGUCGCAAGGAUAAAGACGACAUCAAAGGGCAUAACAGAGCUACAGAGGAUGGGAAUUGGCCUGAUGAUAGCAAUUGCUGCGAUGGUCUCUGCCGGAGCCGUGGAGCUAUUCCGGAUAAAAUAUGCAAACAAGAACUGCCCUAGCUGCAAAAACGCCAGCUCUCUGAGCAUAUUCUGGCAGAUCCCUCAGUACGUCCUGAUUGGAGCGUCAGAAGUAUUCAUGUACGUCGGCCAAUUAGAAUUCUUCAACGGACAGGCACCGGACAGGCUGAAGAGCUUCGGCAGCGCACUAUGUAUGACGUCUAUAUCGCUAGGAAACUACGUCAGUAGCUUGCUAGUGACCAUCGUGAUUAAGAUCUCAACCAGCGACGACAUGCCUGGAUGGAUACCCGGGAACCUCAACAGAGGACAUCUUGAUAGAUUUUAUUUCCUUUUAGCGGCACUGACGACCGCAGAUCUCGUCGUCUAUGUCAUCUGCGCAAAAUGGUAUAAGUAUAUUAAGUUUGCAGGAAGAAUGGAGGAAGAAAAACUCAAUGGAAAUGGAAUGCAGGUCUGAGUUUUGGGGAGAAGAAUUGAAGAGUGACUUAUAUAUAUUUAUUUUUGCAAUGAGACUGAAGAAAUAAAUAGCAUUUUUGCUACUUAAUUUCUUCAUGUUGAGCACUAUAUAGGAAUGAAGUAAAUAGUUUGGAAAAGCAUAUCGAUGUAUCAUAUAUGUCUGGUUCUCCUCGCUGGUUACUUGUUUGCUUAGUGAUAUUCAUAAUCAUGUAACCCUAGUCUCUUGGACCGUCAAUGGAAUAAUUAUAAUAUGAUCAU